CCUACUACGAAGGAAAUCAAUUCUUUUAGUUGUCUACCAAAAAAAUCCUAGGCGGAAAUUUCACGACAACCUUAAACGAAAAGAUACCCGGACACCGACCUCAACUCGCCGCCAUCCAUUACCACUCUUCACGAUGUCGACUGCCAAGGUUAAGACCGGACAGCUCUGGAGCAAGAGCAAGGACGACUUGCUGAAGACGCUGGGAGAGCUCAAGACGGAGUUGGGUCAGCUUCGCAUCCAACAGGUGGUUUCUAGCGGUAGCAAGCUUAACAAGAUCCACGACCUCCGAAAGUCUAUCGCCCGUGUCCUGACCGUCGUCAACCUUAAGCAACGAUCACAGCUACGCCUAUUCUACAAGAACAAGAAGUACCUCCCUCUCGACCUCCGACCCAAGCAGACCCGUGCCAUCCGCCGCCGCUUGUCGCCCGAAGAGAAGUCCAAGACCCUUGAGAAGACACGCAAGCGAACUUCGCAUUUCCCGCAGCGAAAGUACGCCGUUAAGGCUGCUUAGAUGAAUUUUUAGGCUGUGGCGGGAAAAGGGGACGCGGACGCUUAGGUAUUGCGAUGGUAGACGGGCGUCGUGGUCAUUCCAAAAAGGAAAGAGGAAUCAUGUUAUUUUGCAUGGCAUCACACGGCUUUUUCGGUUCAUAGGUGUUUACGAGGUCACACUUUGCAGUCUAUGUCGCUGCCCAAUGCAAAAAAUCUUGCCUUCGGGCUAUGAACAAAUUUCUGCAGUCCACUGGUAUGAUGUGAUCUACUCAGGGUGGAAUACGAGGCAUGGCCAUCCCGAUCUGAGAGUCCUUGCGGUCCCUAGGAAUAAUAAGAGUACAUAGCAAUUCAUGGUCCCGCUAUGAAUUCUCAAGUAGUAGCAUUCCUAGUGCCCCACCUUGAUUUAAAAUAAUGAUAAAUCCAGUGAAUUGCAACUUA